AUGCACAACCAACAAGCUCCUCUGAGUCCUAAGCGUGUUGCUGCCUCACGAGCGCUCGCUGCUCACCUCUCGGAAAGCUUUUGGUGUGAUGACUGUCGGGGCUUCUUCUCAGUUGGCGUUAUCGAGGUAUACGGACUCCCACCUCUGAGCUCAAAUCCUGAAGAUCAUGCCCGAUGGUGGUGGUACGGCCACAACGUCGCUUCAGAACACGUCGCCUCGACCCGGGGCGGCCAUCCCUGGAUCCAUGAAUUGGGGGAGCAAGGCGUUGCUUCGUUUCAAAACCCCUUCUUCAUGACCUGGAAAGAUGCUGUGGACAUGUGGACAUACAACAAUUCCUAA